AUGUCAGAUCCGGUUGCUGAGGAAGCCGAGCGACUGAAACAUAAGCAAACCGUGGGUGAGCUUGCCCAACGCCUCGAACUCGGCAUGUUUGCUCCGUCCUUGCUUCCAGAUGCGGAUUUGCUCAGAAAAGUCUCUUCGGCUGCUCAAGUCGGGCACUUCCCACAACCUGACCGCAAACAGCUGUUAGAUCAUGAAGGUCCACGGGCCUUUGCCAAGCAGCUUUGGCAAAUUCUUCGGUCCGGCAUCGCUCUCCUCUUGAUGCAGCGUAUGUCCCCGGCAGCGUUGUUCAGCGAGUUGGGCUUGGCGCUUCAAAUUGCCAGUGAAACUCCAGGCGAUGACAAGCAGGCGGAGAAAUUGGCGGUGCUGUACAGCAUCAAGAUUCGGGAGCUCCUUCACGGAUCCUCUUUGAAUGUUCCCUUGAACCCAGAUGUGGACACGAAGCCGUUUGAGGAGGCUAUGCAGGUUUUCCUGCGCCGCGACCCCGGCGUCUUUUCGGAAGCCAAGGAUUCUGUUUGUCUUGAGGAGGGUGGUGCAAAAGCUCCUUCAGCUCCACAGGCUCGCAAACCUUCUCUUACUGAUCAUUGCUUGAGACACGCAGUCAAGCCCAACUUCUGCAGCGGUUAUGGGCGGAAAACAUGCGGCUUCAACCACACGUGUCCUUUCUGUCAAGGCAAGAUCUGCCAGAAUAAGCCCGGCUACUUGGCUCGUCACCUGGCUUCCCUACGAGUGCCCAUGGAGAUGGUGGUCAGAGAGGAGGGCCGUUCUCACAAGGCCCGCUCGCGGCGUGACCGUGGUGACCAGAACGACAAAGGCGGCUCCUUCGAUUGGGUACCGGUUGAAGAGCGACGCCAAGACCAGGUUCAAAGGUGCCUUCCGGCGACACUUGGUCGCCACAGUUUUGAUGGGGCUCUCGGCGAAGCAGAGAACCCAGCCACUUUACAGUCUGGCAGCAGCAAAGAAGUUCAGCAAAGCUUGCUCACGGCAUUUUCUUCGGACGCACGGCUUCCGCCCGCCAGUUCUCUCACUCCGCGUAUCCUCGGCAUCAUGUCCCACAAAGGGUUUUGUCAAGGUGAUUUUCUGGAUGAGAGGAUCCUGGCGGACAAGUCUCGCUACAUGUCCUCCUGGGAAGAUUUCGUUUCCGAGGUUAUCCAAUUCAGCAGCCCCCUGCGCCAACCUUUCCGAGACUUGUCCAGCACUGUGACUGCAGGGAUUUGGCAAAGGGCUACGCUGUCCGCCGCAGAAAUUGCGGCAUACCGGACGGAGCAGAUGGCGCGUAUUCGUCGCGUUGUGGCGGCGGAUGGUCCUUCAACACAGCCUCGUUGGGGAGUGUUACAGCGUUUGGCAGAAGUGGCAGGCCAUCCAGAUAAGGCUUUGGCCGAAGAUGCGCAGCAGCCAGAUGGAUUCCGCUUGUUGGGACGACUGCCAGUAGUGCCACAAUGGCCACAACGCCCGGAACCUCUUGCUUGGGAUGAUGCAGCUCAUGUUCGAGAUCUCCAGCGUCUCUUGGACAAGCAUGCUGUUAAGCAGAAGGAUGGUCGCUUCAAGGUGCCUGGCAGCCACUCCGCGGAGCUUCACAGGCUACUCGAGGAGGAGACCGCCAAAGGCUUUUGGACGUCCUACUCGUGGUCAGAGGCGCGUCAAGAGUUGGGAGACUUUGCUUGUUGGUUGUACUUCGGGGUUCAAGAACCAUCUAAGCUUAGGGGUUGCUUGGAUCCGGAAGAAGCCAAUGGUCCAUCGAUGGUCCUGCUGCCGAACCAAGUUCUCAUGGCUGGUUUGGAUGGCUACCUCUCGCUUUGCCAAACAGUGGCUGCCGCCUUCAAAAAGAAAGGGCAGUUUCCAGCUCUGCGGGGCUUUGCCGAAGAUUACGAGCACGGAUUCCGGCAGCUUCCUCUGUCCUCUUUGGAUAGAAAGCUCUUUUGCGCAACGGCCCAGGACAAGGAGGGGAACAUCAGAAUUUAUGUGCCCCGAAAGCUUUUGUUUGGACCGCGAGGGUCCCCGCAUGUUUUCUGCCGAGUCACGGAUGCCGUGUCAGCCAUAGCUGCGGUUCUCUUGCUGAUCCCCAACGUUCCUCACGUGGACGACUUGGUGGGCGUGGACACUCAGGAUGCAAUAGUGUCGGCGCGAGAGGCCUUUGUCGAGCUGCACGAGCUUCUGAAUUUCAGGCUCAAGGCCACCAAGGCUAGACCGCCUCGCGAUGCAGCGGGAAGUGCUUCAACGUUUGUGGCGCUGGGAGCUCUCCUCAGCUUUGACACCACAGAACACCAGCGGAAGCUAGGCUUGGUUUGCACCGUGGACAUGCCGCAGCAGAAAGUAAAGAAGUACUCGGACGUCAUCACGUCUACAUUGGCGCAGCGUCACUUAUCGGCUGCCGUGGCUGGGAAAUGUGUGGGCCAGUGGGACCACUGUUCGGCUCUGGCCCUCGGCAAGUCAGGCACGCUGGCUCGAAGGGCGGCCCUCAUCUUUGUGGAUGCUGCAGGGAGAGCCAACAGCUACAGACUCGGAGGAGUGGCUUGCGGAGCUGGUUGGUUCUGCUUUUUCUCUCAAGAGAUACGACCAGAGGACUCUAACCUGUUGCCUUGGCUGUCGGGUCACUGCAUAAAUGAGGCCGAGGCCUUAGCAGCUGUGGUGGCAUUGCUCACCUGGUCGGACCGGCUGGAAAACGUGGAUGUCUUCAUCUUCAUAGACAACGUGGCUGCGGAAGGUGUCUUGGUCAAGGCAUACAGUUCGUCGCCGCACCUUACAGUCCUAGCAGGGCUGUUCUGGCAGGCAGUCAGGCGGGUCAAAUGCUCAGCAUGGGUGGGGCGCGUUCCUUCGGAACUCAACAUAGCUGAUGGUCCCAGCCGAAAGCAUCAUGCAAUCUUGGAGCAGCUCCACGCUUCACAAGUCGCAGCAGUUCUGCCUCCGGCUUUCACUGCUAAUUUCUUCUUGGAAUUCUUACAGAGUUCCUGGGUCCAAGCAGAUGCCUCUGUCAGCCACGCGGCUCCGGGACCGCGUCCCGUGCAACCUUGCGCAACUGGUGCAGCAACCGCUGCGGGCCAUGGCCGCCUACAGGCAAGCGUAGCAGAUGGUUCUCCUCCGCUGGCGUCAUCCGACCACGCGGUCCGUCAGGUUCCUUCAAGGGACUGGGCUUCUCAAGCAAGUCGCAAGCGUCGCCACCAGGGCCAACGCUGA